AUGGCGAACCUCGUGGCGGGGGGCGUCAAGUCUCUGGGAGAGAUGAUCGCGGGGGACGAGUCCGCCACCGAGCAGGUCGCGCAGGCCUGGGGCUGCAUGGACACUCUGAACCCGCACAGUCGGCUCGAGAAGCCCACGCGCUUCGAAUCAGACCCGCCUGGUUGCUAUCGUCUCCGAGACAUGCCACUGAGAGACAUCGACAACGUGGUAAAAGUGAAGCACGUCGUGGAUUGGAUCAAGAUUGGAACGGAGUGCCAGGAGCUUCCCGACACAAGUGCUGUGGACAUGGUCGACAUCAUGCGCCGCGGCGACUACGCGCCCUUGCCGUCUCCGUUCAAGCCGAAGAAGGACACGGGAGAGCUGGCGUUCACAAUGCAGAUCUACGUUCUGCCCACCGACCCUGAUGGGGUGCAGUCUGUGCUGAAGUAUAUCAAGUUCGACGACAGUAUUCGCGUGGACUUGGUGAAAGAUGUGUUCAUCGUGGGCACGCCGCUGACGAUCCACUGGGGCCGCACUUCUGACACGAAGAAGGUUCGCAAGUUGUUCCACUUCAUGAUGGGCCGCCUUGGGGGCGUGCAGUGCCGAUACUUCGUGCAGCCGUCCGUGAAGAAGGCAGCUGAAGCGGGCACUUACGACAGGAUUGCUCGAACGGCUGUUUACGCCUUCAUUCGCGAUCAUGGACCACGGAGCAAUGCCCAGAACCAAUUCGUCGAGUGGACGGAUGAUCAGAUCCACCUCGAGAGCAGUCCGAUCUUCGGGUGGACGCCUGGGGAUGUCAAGGACCAGGCGGCUAAACGGACGCGCGGCGUAGAGCGCGUCCCCUUCGCGCUGGGCGCAGACCUGAUCGAGAGCUUGCGGAAGUACGCCAACGGCACCGUGGGCGCGCGGACGUUGAUGUCGUGGUGCCACACUUUGAGGCAGUUCCAUCCGACGAUCCUGAACAACAUCAUUGCCCCCGCACUGCGCACUCACGAUGUACAUUCGAUCAUGUGGAUCGGGGAGACUCGCGUCGGGAAGUCGUCCGCUUCUAAGACGACCUGCUUCGCCAUCUCGGCUUGCCAGAUCGACAAGCACGGCCGCUCUGACCUGAAGCCGAGCGUCGUCACCUCCAAGAGGAUUGAUUUCUUUCGCCUCGAGCCAGGGAGCCUCUUCAAGCCCGCGAUUGCCGACGACACGGUGAUGUCGAAGUGGGGCACAGACGACGUCAAGGCGUUCCACGACCCGGCCGAAGAGGACGCCUUGCUCUGGGCUCGAUGGGGCGGCGCGCAGUUCAUGAUGAACCAGGCGCGGCAAUCCUGCGCGAACGCCCACGACAAGGAUUUUGAGGCCCGCGUCCAGCCCGUUCGGCCUGGAGCCGAGGCAAUCUCCUUUGACGAUUUCGUCCGCAUUAUCCAGGCGAACUUUCCCCGCGACGCGCGGGGGUCGUUCGAGAUGGCAGACGCGGAGGCGUACCUUGCGAGGAGCCACGUUGUCCUCCUGUCGGACAAGCGCAUUUACUUCCGCCUGGCUUCCACGGACAAGGAGUCGGUGCCGUUUUUUGCCUGGCCGAACCCAGCCCAGCCCGACCUGUUCGUGCCCGACAGCAGAGACACCAUGAAGAAGUACAAGAAGGACCAGACGUACAAGCCGCCUAACUUCGAGAUCGACUUCAAGUGGGGCCAGGCAUUCAUGCGGAGGCUUGCAAGAGGCGAGGCAGUGCAGCCAGCCGUCACAGUGCGAGGCCCAACGCUGUUCGACGCCCAGGCGCCAGACCGCUUCUUCUACCCUCCGAUGGGCGAGGGAGCGGAGGCGCCGACGCGCGCGGCCCCUCCCCCUCUGAUGGGCGAGUGCACAGAUGCGCCGCCGCGCGCGGCCCUUCCGCGCGGCGGCUGCCCAGUGGACUCACAGGACAAGGUCGACAGGGACCGCGAGAUGGCCAAGUACCUGGGCGGUUUGGCGAGGGCGCACGACCGCGAGAGCAUCGACCUCUUGAGCCCUCCCAAGAAGGCCGCGAAGAGCUUCAUAAGCUUUUUGCGUCUUGUCCUCGAGUCAUUCGACUUUAUCGAGGCCGCGGCAGCGUUGGGGAUCAUGUCAGAGCAAGCGGAAGCGGAGGCGGGCAUGCCCGCCCCCGCGCGACCAGGGGCGGCCUCGGACAGCGGUAAUCUUCGCCCCGUCAAGUUGGAGCGAGGCGUCUUCGCCAAACUGGCGCCCUCGGGCGGCCCGCCGCUGAUCAUCGAUGACAGCGACGAAGAGGCGCCCCAUGGCACGGGCGACGGCCUCUUCGGUGCAGGUUUCAAGAACUGUUGCAUGGUCGACGCCCUGAACGCCCUCGGAUUCAACGUUCCGCACGCCCAGGAUGGGCCGUUCAGCAUCAACGAUGCCGAGGCCAUGAUCGCUGGAGACGGGUGCGUGAUCGCCCGUGCGUCCAUCCGCGGAGCUUGCGCCGUGCCCACAGGCCGCUACAUCGCAUCGUACGGCUCUGCGCCUGGGGUGACGGGGCACGCCGUGGCCGUUCUCGUCUUCCUCGGAGGAUUCAUCGUGUUCGACGGUGAUGUGCGCGCCUGCCACACGGGCCACGUCUCGUGGCAUAUCAUGCCUGAGGGCGUGCGUGCCGAGGAAUGCAAUUGGCGGCAGGUUCGGGGUGCCUGA